AUGGAAGACAUCUUCUUCUACACAUCCCUCACCCUUAUUUUCAUCCUUUUUACCUUCAAGUUCUUGGUCCAACCAAACCGACUACGUUACAAGAAGAACUUUCCACCAAGCCCACUUUCACUUCCAAUACUUGGCCAUCUCCAUCUCCUCAAAACCCCAGUCCACAGAACCUUCCACCGUCUCUCCCAUAAAUACGGUCCCGUUUUCUCACUCUGGUUCGGCUCACGCCGCGUGGUCAUAGUCUCAUCCCCAUCAGCAGUCGAGGAAUGCUUCACCAAAAACGACAUCGUCUUAGCCAACCGUCCUCCCUUGCUUAUGGGCAAGCACUUAGGCUACAACUACACAACCAUAGGGGCGUCCCCGUACGGCGAUCACUGGCGCAACGUCCGCCGCAUCGGAGCCACCGAGAUCUUCUCCUCUGCUCGACUCAACACAUCCUCCAACAUCCGAAAGGACGAAGUCAAACACUUACUACUUAAACUUUCAAAAAACGCACGUGAUGGUUUUGCGAAGGUGGAAGAGCUCACCUUUAACAUCAUAAUGACAAUGGUGGCGGGCAAGAGGUACUGCUGUGAUGACGUGUCAGUCGACAAAGAACAGGCCAAACAGUUCAGGCAGAUUAUGAGCGAUGUGUUUUUUUACGGUGGGGCAGCGAACCCAGCUGAUUUUUUGCCCAUUUUGAAUUGGGUUGGGAGAGGUGGUUAUGAGAAGAAGGUGAAGACGUUGGCUAAGAGGACAGAUGAGUUCUUGCAGGCUCUGAUUGAUGAGCACAAGAGUAAGGGUAAAAAUGGUACUACAAUGAUUGACCAUCUUCUUUCCCUGCAAGAGUCACGGCCUGAAUAUUACACCAACCAAAUCAUCAAGGGCCUUAUUCUGGUAAUGCUAUUGGCGGGUACUGAUACAUCAAAAGUGACACUUGAAUGGGCAAUGUCCAAUCUACUUAACCAUCCACACGCGUUAAAAAAAGCUAGAGAUGAACUAGAUGAUCAACUUGGCCAAGAAAACUUAGUGGAUGAACCAGACAUCUCCAAACUACCCUACCUCCAAAAUGUCAUCUCCGAGACCUUCCGUUUAUGCCCAACAGCUCCAUUGCUAAUACCACAUUUUUCAUCCGAUGAUUGUACUAUUGCAGGGUUCGAUGUGCCACGUGACACAAUAGUGUUGGUCAAUGCAUGGUCUAUUCAUAGAGAUCCUGAAUUGUGGGAUGACGCUGAAAGCUUCACGCCUGAGAGGUUUGAAAGUAGUGAAGAUUUUUCCCACAAACCCAUGCCGUUUGGGCUUGGAAGAAGGGCUUGCCCUGCAGCAAGCAUGGCACAACGUGUGGUGGGCUUGACUUUGGGGUCAUUAAUUCAAUGCUUUGAGUGGGAGAGAGUUAGUGAGAAGACGAUUGACAUGGCUGAAGGUAAAGGAAUCAGCAUGCCUAAAGUUAUUCCCUUGGAAGCUAUGUGUAAAGCGCGCCCUAUUAUGAACAAGUUUCUAUCUUGA